AUAAAGAUUCCUACUUAAAAAUGUCAAUGUAUCUAUUUGCUUCUGUAGAACUCUAGAAAAAUAGGUGUUUAGUAGAACCAUGGUCAUCAACAGGGAGAGGAGAAAAAUCUAGAAUAAAAGGAUUCCCAUAGUCUCAUUUCUUCCAUAACUUUUGAGAAUAAUAUCAGAGAAAAGGUAUCAUGCACUGAGCAUGUUGGACUAUAAAUAUGAUGGCAUGAUAGUUCUAAUUUACUCACAGCAUAAGCAAGAAAUCCAUUCUUUAAACCUGACCACAAUACCUCAUUCAUCCCUCAUCUGCCUCAGUCUUUUUUGUAUUUUGUAUACUGAAUACAGCCCUUCCAUCCUCUCAAAAUCUAGAACUGCAAAAAUUCUAGCUAAUUUACAAGCAAUGGAUGUUGUAAACCGAUUGGUGGAACAGAAGCCUUUGGUAAUCUUUACCAAAAGCUCUUGUUGCAUAAGCCACUCAGUGAUGCAGCUCAUUAGUAGUUAUGGAGCAAAUGCAGAAGUCUAUGAACUGGAUAACAUGUCCAAUGGGAAAGAAGUAGAUAAAGCGCUUCAAAGACUAGGGCUUCGACCAAGUGUUCCAGCUGUUUUCAUAGGCCAAAAGUUAGUUGGUGGAGCUAAAGAGAUUAUUAGCCUGCAGGUUCAAGGAAGACUUGUGCCAAUGCUUAAGGAGGCAGGAGCUUUAUGGGUUUAGAAUAACAUUGCUUACGUAAUAUUUCUUAAUAUUCUAAAUUUGUCCUGUAGAUACUACUAUAUUUUCAAAACUUGUAACCAAGAAGGAACUAGCUUCUUCUUUUUCAUUCCUUCACACAUGUUUUUCAUUAUUGGAUAAAAAGUUGUUUACAUGUA